CGAUUAGCUCCACUAACAUAAAACAGUACGGUACAGUAUCGGUGCACCGAUACAACACCGCGGUUCGCGAGGAAGAAGACCAAGAUGCCUCAAACAGGACAGUCUCCCCAGGAUGACCAGGAGAAACUUCUGGAUGAGGCCCAGCAUGUUGUCAAGAUGCAGUCCUUCCAGAUGAAGAGGUGCCUGGACAAAGGCAAGUUGAUGGAUGGACUCAAGCAUGCCUCCAACAUGCUUGGAGAAUUGCGCACCUCCAUGCUGUCUCCCAAGAGCUAUUAUGAGCUCUACAUGCAGGUCUGUGAUGAGCUGAGAUACCUUGAGCAAUAUCUGCUGGAUGAAUACCAAAAAGGACACCGCAUAUCAGACCUAUAUGAAUUGGUGCAGUAUGCUGGAAAUAUAGUACCCAGACUCUAUCUCCUGAUCACUGUAGGCAUCGUGUACAUCAAGACCAGCCAGCAUUCCCGCAAGGAUAUUAUGAAGGACCUAGUGGAGAUGUGUAGGGGGGUCCAGCACCCCCUCAGGGGGCUGUUCUUGAGGAAUUACCUGCUCCAGUGCACACGCAACAUCCUACCAGACUGCAUGAAGGAAGAAGACGACAAUAACUCGGGCACGGUGGAGGACUCCACUGACUUCAUCCUGCUGAACUUUGGUGAGAUGAACAAGCUGUGGGUGCGUAUCCAGCACCAGGGCCACUCGCGGGAGCGGGAGCGGCGGGAGAAGGAGCGCAAGGAGCUGCGCAUCCUGGUGGGCACCAACCUGGUCCGCAUCAGCCAGCUGGAGAACGUGGACCUCGCCAGGUACCAGAAGAUUGUUUUACCAGAUAUAUUGGAGCAGUGUGUCAGCUGUAGGGAUAGCAUAGCACAGGAAUACCUCAUGGAAUGCAUCAUUCAGGUAUUCCCAGAUGAGUUUCACCUUCAAACUCUGAGUCCAUUCCUCAAAGCCUGCGCAGAACUGAAUAACAGUGUCAACGUUAAGAACAUCAUUAUUGCUCUCAUUGACAGGUUGGCCCUGUUUGCCUGCAGAGACGACACCACUGGCAUCCCGUCAGACCUCAAGCUGUUCGACAUCUUUUCAGAGAAGAUCUCGGCUAUUAUAGAGGCCAGGAAGGACAUGCCAACAGAGGACGUGGUAGCCCUUCAAGUCUCUCUCAUCAAUCUUGCCCUCAAGUGCUACCCGGACAGAGUGGACUUCAUUGACAAGGUGCUCAAGUCCACCGUGGAAAUCUUCACAAAACUCGGCAUAGAACCUGGAAGUCUGGCCAGCUCAAGCCCCGUUGCCAAGGAGCUGACCCGUAUGCUAAAGAUCCCUGUCGACAGUUACAGCAACGUACUGACCUUGCUCAAGCUGGACAACUUUGCCCCCCUCUUUGAGUACCUGGACUACGCCGGCCGCAAGGCCAUGAGCCUGCAUGUGGUCAACAGCGCGCUGGACAAUGGCAACCUGGUGCAGACGUCGGAGCAGGCUGACGCCAUAUUGAGCAUGGUGGCCACGCUGGUCAAGGACCAAUCGGAUCAGCCAGAAGAGGAGGAUGCAGAUGACUUUGCAGAGGAGCAAGGCCUGAUGGGGAGAUUUGUCAACUUACUGCAGGCUGAGACAGCCGACCAACAAGCCAAGAUGUUGCACACCGCUCGGAAACACUUUGGCACAGGCGGGGAGAAGAGAAUCAGAUACACAUUACCGCCGCUAGUGUUUGCUGCCCACCGCUUGGCCUACCAGUACAAGGACUUAGCAGAGGAAGACGACAAAUGGGAAGCCAAGUGCCAGAAGAUCUUGCAGUUCAGUCACCAGACCAUCUGUGCACUGUCCAAGGCAGAGUACCCGGAGCUGUCCUUGCGCCUCUUCCUGCAGGGGGCAUUGGCAGCUGGCACCGUGCAGUUUGAGAACCACGAGAUGGUGGCCUACGACUUUAUGUCGCAGUGUUUUGCAUGCUUUGAGGACGAGAUCUCGGACUCCCGGGCCAAGCUGGCUGCCAUCAGCCUCAUCAUCGCAACCCUGGAGCAGAUGAGCUUCUUUGGGGAGGAGAACCACGAGCCCCUGCGAACCCAGUGUGCCCUGAUUGCCUCCAAGCUGCUCAAGAAGCCCGACCAGUGCCGGGCGGUCGGCAUGGUGUCUCACCUCUUCUGGUCCGGGAAGACACUGGAGAGUGGAGGGGAGGAGCUGAAAUUUGCCAAGAAUGUCAGUGAGUGUCUGAAGAAAGCCUUGCGUAUUGCCAAGCAGUGCAUGGACCCCACCGUCCAAGUCCAGCUGUUUGUAGAGAUUCUCAAUCGGUACAUCUAUUACUUUGAGAAAGGAAAUGACCAGGUGACAGCCCAGAUCAUCAACCAGCUGAUCGAGAAGAUCCGUGAGGACUUGCCCAACCUGGAGGACAACGACGAGACGGAGCAGAUCAACAAGCACUUCACGAACACCCUCGAGCACCUGCGGAACAAGAUGGAUGCCGGUGACUCGGAAGGACCCUCCUACCAGGGUAUUGUCCUCUAGACAGGUGACGGAUUGGCCAUCAUGGGAAAUAUUCACAUUGAAUGACUCACUGACAGUAGAGUCCUCCAAUGAACAAAGCAAUUUCUGGGGAGGAAAGACCGGUUUGUGAGCUAAAUAUAGUUGCGUUACAUCAUCAUUCUUGAAACAGACCCACACUUUUGAGUGGCGACCAUUUUUCAACCACUGGUUGAUUAAGCCUGUUACCCAGGGUGCACUUGUGCCUUUGUUACCAGGGAAAUUGACCAGUUCUUUACAAGUGGUCAUCUCUGGAACUUGCCAAAGGAUGCAUUGCCUUGAAAACUCAGUUCUGGUUCUGACAUGAUCUGUUUGUUGAGUCUUCCCAUAAGCCUGAAAGUCACAGUCUAACAGACCUUUUUCUUGUCAUGUCACUGUUAUUGAUUUUGCCCACAAGGGAUUGGAGAGCUUUGGCUUGCCAUCAAUACAAAAGCAAAAGAAUAAUCCACUAAGUGGACAAAAAAAAUAUCACGCAGCUUUGAAAACACUGAAUAAUAAAUACUGCUACUUAAUAACGAAAACACCACCCUUAUUAAUCAAGGGUGAACUUUCUGUAAACUUUGGCUGCCCAUGCCAUUGGUCUAUAGAGUGCUCGUCUGUAUCAGUGACUCUCUUGAACAAGUCAGUAGUUUUGCACCUUGACUCAAUACUUACAGUCUUACUAAUCGUUUCCUGAGUGUAAGUCCAAAUGUACAUAUGCCAGAGGAUUACUUGUAUGACCUUGGAUACAUAGCAGAUGUUAGCAGCAUCGGAGUCUUGCUCUACAAGUUCCAUUACCAGUCGAAAAAUCUAUUAGAUGUUUCUUUCACACUGCCUUGUAAAGUUUUUACAACGUGGCUAAAGGCUAGAAAAUUAAUUGUUGUAGGAAUAAGAAAGAAAAACAUCAUUUUUCCAGUAAGAAAAACAAGUUGAAGUUCUCACAAAGACAUCAUUACAAAAUCUCGUCUUAAAUCUUUGCCUCGUUUUUCCUCAUGGCUUAUGAAUUAAUUGAUAACAAUGGCAAUGUGAAUAUUUCCUGAGAUGAGAAGUUUCAGUUUUGUCUGUCUCUCAACCGAGGCUAUUAUAAUUUUCACACUUCCAAUAUUUCUCACUGUAUUUGUAUAUAUAUGUCCACUAUUACAUUUUGUUUGUUUUUUACUUGUAUCUGUGAACAGGUAAUGGCAUAACUUUUAAGGAAGAGUGUAAUUGUUUCAACUCAGAAAUGGAAAAAUUUCUAAUGGAAAACUUGAACUUUACUGUGAAGGAGACAGUCAGGCGCCGAGCAGUUUAAACAGGGAUUUCAUAGAAAGUUGGUUUUUAGCACACUUGACUCAAGAAGUCAAGGAAUGUGUUUCCAUGUUCAUGAGCGUGAUGCUCUGAUGAAUUGCAGGAUGUCUUUGACAAAGAUUGCUUUGUUCCUAUUUUUGUGGGACCGGAUUCAUAUGCAAACAGGUGUAGUUAGUGUACAUGUGUGUACUGUUCCACAGGGCAAACUCAAGGAGGGACCAAAGGAUGUCCCUUGUUCAGUGUCCCCACAUGCAAGUUAUGAGUUCCUCUGCUUAAUCAAAAUGAAGUACAACGCUUUCCCUCACUGGUAUAGUAGACACGACUUCGAGUGCGUGAUACUAUCUCUUGGAAACAAUAUGGACACUUGUUUUAGCCACCUCUAAGUAGCAGGCACAUGUAUAUCUAGUCAUAGGAUUUUUUUUAAUUGCAGCUUUGUUUCUGGCUCGUCUCUGACAUUGGAACUGCGUGUUGGUUUACAUUGUUAAGACAAAAUGAAAACCAUACUUACAUCUUUGGGUUAUUUUAGCAUUUAAGAUUAUUUGAUUGAGUUAAAUCUUAAAAUUGGUGUACAAAUCAGUCCAGCGAGACAUGAUUUUGAAAACCCUUGGAGCCAGUGCUUUGGAGCUACAGCAUACACCAAUUUCCUUGCCUAAAAGAGUUGGGAAGCAAACUGUGCCGACUAAAAAAAGGGUAACACCUCUUUGAGCAUAUAGAAGAGGGGAAAGUAUUGUUAAGGUUUGGGGGAAGAGCGAUGGCUCAGAAAAAGGAUAAAGACCGCAACAGAACUCUCCAGAAAAAAAAAUAAAGUCAAGACCCUAAAGCGUGUCGAAUGCCUUCAUUGUGGAUGAAAUAGACUCUUAAGUGUGUUCCAGGCAAUUGAUACAAGAAACUUUUUUUGGAAUUUUUUUUCGUUAUUUUUUUAAAUCAAAACCUGGGGUUGAACGUUAACCACAGCAAUGACUAUGAAAUUUUGAUUUGUUUACGUCAUACAAUAUAAACGAAAUAGAUGAAGUGAAACAGUUCAUUUUGAUGUCAAACUUUAAACAAAAAUGCACUUUGAACAUUAUGUGCUUGGUCAGUAAUUACGAAUAAGCCAAUUUUCAAAUCUUUCAAAAUACAAUACAAUGAAAUAACAAUAUAUACCUGGAGGAUAGAAUAAACUUCAUUCGAAAAUGAUUGGCAUUUUCUGAACAAAAUGAAACUUAUUCUUUAAUGCUGUUUUUUUUUAAUGUCUAGUCAUGUGAUGGAAAAAAAAACUUUUCUGCGCUUUUAAAAGAAAACAAAUACGUGGUUAUCUUACGGGACUGAUUUACAGACAAGCUUUAUGUGUAGUCAUUGUAAGAAUUUAUCGACACUACCAUCAUACUCAUGAAAGUGUCUUUAUGUUUAGCUUGUACAUGUAAUUACUGUGAAAAUUAAUAAUAGAUAAAAAAAUAUACAUGUACUAGAAAAUGGACAGAUAACUGGAGGUGUUAUUUCCUGUGUUGUAUCUCAAAUGAAAUUUUACUAUUAUUUUGUUAGAUGUUUGUGUACUUGUUGAAAAAUGAAAAUCCAGAAUAGAAAUGUAAAGAAUUCA